CGGGCGCCGCGGGGCGGGGCGUCUCUGGGCAGCAUGGAGAGCGCGGGUCCUGCGGCGUGUGGGGGCCACAUGCCUGGCUUCCUACGUGCCCUUCAGACCCGGAGCCGAGGCGAGGCGGCGCGGGCACGGGUGCGGGAGCAGGACCUAAGGCAGUGGGGCCUGACAGGGAUUCAUCUACGCUCUUAUCAACUGGAGGGAGUCAACUGGCUCGCUGAGUGCUUCCAUGGUCAGAAUGGCUGCAUCCUGGGAGAUGAGAUGGGCCUGGGUAAGACCUGCCAGACUAUUGCUCUCUUCAUUUACUUGGCAGGAAGAUUAAAUGAUGAAGGACCAUUUCUGAUUCUUUGCCCCUUGUCCGUUUUGAGCAACUGGAGAGAAGAGAUGGAGAGAUUUGCUCCAGGUCUUUCCUGUAUAACGUAUGCAGGUGACAAGGAGGAGAGAGCCCAUCUACAGCAAGAUCUAAAACAAGAGUCACAUUUUCAUGUGCUGCUAACUACCUAUGAGAUUUGCUUGAAAGAUUCAUCAUUUCUAAAAUCCUUCCCUUGGAGUGUUCUUGUUGUGGACGAAGCUCACAGGUUGAAAAACCAAAGCUCCUUGCUGCAUAAGACACUUUCAGAGGUAUUUGAGUUCUCAGUAGUCUUCAAUCUCCUGUUGACCGGAACUCCCAUCCAGAACAGCCUCCAAGAGCUCUACUCUCUCCUCAGUUUUGUGGAGCCUGAUCUCUUUCCCAAGGAGCAGGUGGGAGAUUUUGUUCAGCAUUACCAGGAUGUUGAGAAGGAGUCUGAGUCAGCAAGUGAACUACACAAACUCUUGCAGCCAUUUCUGUUGAGGCGGGUGAAAGCUGAGGUAGUUACAGAACUUCCCAAGAAGACAGAGGUAGUGAUAUACCACGGCAUGUCAGCAUUGCAGAAAAAAUACUACAAGGCCAUUUUGAUGAAAGACCUAGAUGCAUUUGAAAAUGAGAUGGCAAAGAAAGUUAAACUUCAGAACGUCUUGUCCCAGCUUCGAAAGUGUGUGGAUCACCCAUAUCUGUUUGAUGGUGUGGAACCAGAGCCUUUUGAAAUUGGAGACCACCUGAUUGAGGCCAGUGGGAAACUUCAUCUACUGGAUAAGCUGCUUGCAUUCCUGUAUUCCAGGGGCCAUCGAGUUUUACUUUUCUCCCAGAUGACCCAGAUGUUGGAUAUUCUCCAAGACUACAUGGACUAUAGAGGGUACAGCUACGAGCGUGUGGAUGGGUCUGUGAGAGGAGAAGAGAGACACCUGGCCAUUAAGAACUUCGGACAGCAGCCCGUUUUUAUUUUUCUCCUGAGUACCAGGGCAGGAGGAGUUGGCAUGAACUUAACGGCUGCAGAUACCGUUAUUUUUGUCGACAGUGAUUUCAAUCCGCAGAAUGACUUGCAGGCAGCUGCCAGGGCUCAUCGGAUUGGCCAGAACAAGUCUGUUAAAGUUAUUCGGCUGAUUGGCCGAGACACUGUGGAGGAAAUAGUCUGUAGGAAAGCAGCCUCCAAACUGCAGCUUACCAACACAGUCAUAGAGGGAGGCCAUUUUACUCUGGGGGCCCAGAAACCUGCAGCGGAUGCUGAGCUCCAGUUGAGUGAGAUACUCAAAUUCGGUUUGGAUAAAUUGCUGUCAUCUGAGGGGGGCACCAUGGAUGAAAUAGAGCUGGAGACGAUCCUGGGAGAAACAAAAGAUGGCCAGUGGAUCUCUGAUGCCUUGCCUACAACAGAAGGAGGAGUCAGGGAGCAGGAGGAAGGCAAAAACCAUAUGUACUUAUUUGAAGGUAAAGAUUAUUCCAAGGAGCCUAGUAAAGAAGAUAGAAAAUCAUUUGAGCAACUGGUGAACCUUCAGAAAACCCUUUUGGAGAAAACUACGCAAGAGGGCCGGUUACUCCGAAAUAAAAGCAGUGUUCUCCACCCAGGCCUUGCGGAGGGGUCUACCAAAAGGAAGCGGAUUCUGAGCCCAGAGGAACUGGAGGACAGAAGGAAGAAGAGACAAGACGCAGCAGCCAAGAGAAAGAGAAUAAUGGAGGAGAAGAAGAGGAAAAAGGAAGAAGCAGAACACGAGAAAAAGAUGGCCUGGUGGGAGUCCAACAAUUACCAGUCCUUCUGCCUGCCUUCUGAGGAGAGCGAACCAGAGGACCUAGAGGACAGGGAAGAGGAGAGCUCUGCGCAGCUGGAUUAUGAAGAUCCAGAUUCAAGUGCCAUCAAGUAUGUUAGUGGUGAUGUCACCCACCCACAGGCUGGGGCAGAGGAUGCUGUCAUCGUGCACUGCGUAGAUGACUCUGGUCGCUGGGGCAGAGGUGGUUUAUUCACAGCUUUGGAAACACGAUCUGCUGAGCCACGAAAAAUAUAUGAGCUGGCUGGGAAAAUGAAAGACUUGAAUUUGGGAGGCGUCCUUUUAUUUCCUAUUGAUGAUAAAGAGUCAAGAAACAAAGGGCAAGAUUUGUUGGCCUUGAUUGUGGCUCAGCACCGUGAUCGCUCCAAUGUCCUGUCUGGCAUUAAGAUGGCAGCCCUAGAAGAGGGCCUGAAGAAGAUCUAUUUAGCAGCAAAGAGAAAGAAAGCGAGUGUUCAUCUUCCACGCAUUGGACAUGCCACGAAAGGUUUUAACUGGUAUGGUACUGAGCGACUGAUUCGGAAACACUUGGCUGCAAAAGGCAUCCCAACUUACAUCUAUUACUUUCCUAGAAGCCAGGCAGCUCUUCUUCAACCACAGUCCUCUUCUUCCUCGGGACAGAUGGUGCCUUAACAGUUGGCCAGUGUCACAGUCAGCAUUCAGCAAGCAGUUAAUAUUUGCCCAGAGCUACUGAAUUAGAGUGUUUCAAAAAGGAGUCCAGAUCUGAGAAACUGUGUUUUCUGAAUUCUCAUUUUGUUCUCCAGGAUGUGUUACUCUGAUUUGGUACCUGUAAUACAGGGAUGCACACCUUAAUUGGGAAAGUCCUCUGGCACUUUGCCAGGACUCCAGUUUGCAUAGUUACUUGCAUAAUAAAUUUUCUGUCUGUAAUGGUUUCAUGGCUUUCUUUCUCCUCAAUCCAGUUUUCUUCCCCUCCAUCAGACUUACUCCUUUACAGAGGACUAGGCUGUGGAUUAAGGAGAAAUGAAACCGGUUGCUGUGGGAGAAGGAAGCACCUUCAGCCCAUUUAUGCCUUGGGAAGACAGGACUCUGCAGGGCAGAUACUGAGAAGUGAGAUUCCUGAUCCAGAUGAGUGGAGCCCUUCCUGCCCUUCUUUUCACACUGCUUAGCAUCAAGCUCUAGAAGACAAAACAUUGGCCUAGAGGCCUGUCAAAUGUGACUUCAGAGAAACCAGAGGAUCACCUUUCCCCCUUCCCACCAAAUUGAAUUCAGCUUAAAGAAAAGGGAAUUGUGGGAAUGGCACAAAGCACAGAAUGAUGACUAGUGUUAUUAGGGAGGGCAGGGGCUGAGAACUCCAAGGGAAUGAGUCUUGGGGGGAGACAGUAUAUAAACUGUGGCUUUUCCUACUUUUGUAUAUAAAGCCUCAGUCUUAAGAGGCUGACUAUCGGGGCACCUGGGUGGCUCAGUUGGUUAAGCAACUGCCUUCGGCUCAGGUUAUGAUCCUGGGGUCCUGGGAUUGAGCCCUGCAUUGGGCUCCCUGCUCAGCCAGAAGCCUACUUCUCCCUCUCCCUCUCCCCCUACUGGUGUUCCCCCUCAGGCUAUCUCUCUCUCUCUCUGUCAAAUAAAUAAAUAAAUAAAUAAAUAAAUAAAUAAAUAAAAAUAAAUAAUAAAAAAUAAAUAAAAAAUAAUAAAUAAAAAUAAUAAAUAAAAAUAAUAAAAAAUAAUUAAUAAAAAAUAAUAAAUAAAAAAUAAAAUAAAUAAAUAAAAUCUUUAAAAAAAAAACAACUGACUAUCCUCAACCAGCCUGACUUAUGCUGCUUUUAGGACCUCAACACCCUGAGUCCUGCAGAGACCUCUUCAGAAGCCCCAGCCCUGGGCCCUUGAUUUCAAGGAACCCUGGCUAGUGGGGCAGCCAGCCAGGACCAGGACCUUCUAAGGAAGGUGGUAUCUAUAGCACCUGGGUCGUGCUGUUCUAUUUGACUCCCUCCCUGGCACUUUCACCCUUCGACAAUUUAGCAUCUGUGUCGAAGACCUAUUAGACCCUAAAUUCAUGAUUCCUUCAUUUUUUUUUUCCUCCUAAAACUUCUUUCCUUUUUUAGAGAGAAUCCAAAGCAGGCUCCAUGCCCAGCAUGGAGCCCAAUGCAGGGCUUGUUUUCAACCCUGAGAUCAUGACCUGAGCCAAAAUCAAGAGUCAGAAGUUCAACUGACUGAGCCACCCAGGUGCCCCAAACUGCUUUCAUUUUUGCUGCCUCUUAAUUCCUACUCUUACUGCUAGGCCUUGACAUACAGGUUAUUAUCAUAACUUUAACCUCUUGACUGGCAUCUUGUCUCUCCUAUAACUAAACACAGAAUUGGAACUCUUUAAAGGGAGGAUAGUGAAACUUAACCUAAUGCACAGGUAAAUUGUCAGACCUUCAGAAGCAGCCUCGGUACAAAUUGGUGAGGUAUUAGCAAAAUCAAAGAAAACUUGAUUUGCAGAAGCUCUAUGCUCUCCUGGAAAGCUGUGCUCACUUCUGAGGGCAGCGUGCACAGGGCCAACUGGGGAUGUUUCUGAACAUCUGAGAGAAGCAUCAGAGCAGGGAACUCACUCUCAAAGAGAACACAGCUGACCUUUGAGGGGCACAGUUCUGGGGGUAGAGGUGCUUUGUUUUCACCCUGCACUCUGUCCCCCAUGCUCCAGCCAUGUGAACUUUUUCCUCUGGUUGGAGGUCCUGGGCCAUGAACCUCUGUCUCAUGAUAAGUUGGGCAAAAUAACACAGAAGAUUAGAAAACUUAACAUAGCGCAUUCUCCCUUACACAGGGUCACUUGUUAGUGGCAGCCCCCUGCUUUGCUUGUCUACCUCAGCAAUUCAGAGUCAUCAACACUGCCUUAUGGCUCCAUAAGUCCUUCCUACCUUUUAUAAUCCCUCCCCUUUUCCAAUAGGGCUGUCAUUCUCUGGGAAAGACAAAAGCUACCUACUCUGUUCAUUCCAAGGGUUUUAUUCUCUUUCUUCCACAGCUUAUUGUAGGGUCUCUCCCGAUUGGAUGGGGGCCCCAAAUGGGCAAUGAUUGGGUGGAAGCCGGUGGGUGACACGGGCAGUGAAAAGAAUUCUCCUGGAGAUUGGAGAAUUCCAAUGUGUAAGGAGGCAGUGGGUGGGAGCUGUUUUUUCGGUUGUUGUUUUUAGAUGGGGAGGUGGGGGCAGAGGGAGAGAGAGAGAAUCUUAGGCCCCAUGUCCAGCAUGGAGCCCAACAUAGGACUCGAUCUCAUGACCCUUUGAUCAUGACCUAAGCUGAAAUCAAGAGUCUGAUGCUUAAUGGACUGAGCUACCCAGGCACCGGGUGGGGGCUGUUUUUAAAGAGGGAAGGUGAGGAGGUAUGGCAAUAUAUGGAAUUUUCCCUUUUUUGGUAACUGUGCCUGGUUGUAAACCCAUUGGUCAGUUAGGGCCUAUGGAUAUUUUGAGGUGGGUUGCCUGAUGGGCUUGUCUGUAUUCAGCCAGGGGUCACUGAAGGCCCUUUCUAUAUUACAUCACUCAAGCCUCUUUGCCUUAAAGUAGCCUCUAUAUUUAUCCUUGAUGCCCUCUAGCCUGACCCUUUGAGGAGGCUAAGACAUGGGUAUGAGGACAAUACAAGGUUUUAUUCACUGAUGAGCUUCUGUGGAAAAGUUUGUACCUCUACAUAAGUAUGAAAACUCUGCUUAUUGAGAUAAUGAGGAUCUUAAGUCUAUUGAAUUUCUUCCAUAUGUACAAUCUGAUAUAUUUUCUUGAUUUUUAAUAAACUGCCCGUUACCUUUUGUAACAAGCCUGUGACUUAAUUUUUUCCCCCCAAUCAAAGUGUAUACUAAGUUAAUUAACCUUUUUCAAGUAUAGCUUCAAAGCAUUUUAUAGCCCCAAACCAUCUCUAGGCCAGUGGGUUUUCUUUGCUGUCUACUAACUACAGUAUAUACUCAAGCACUGCUUACCUUCCACAUAAUCUAACCUUAUUUCCCAAAGACAUCCUGCAGUUUCUCACUUCGGCUUUUGCUCAUCAUGUUAGUUCCUCUCCCUGGACUGCCGUACUCCUCUAAACCCCUUCCCCUGUCUCCAACUCUCCACUGUCCCCUAUCAGGUCUGGUUUUCUGUAAGAAUCUAGAAAAAGGCAUUUCCUGUAAUAGUAUAAAAAUUUAAUCUGUGUUUGAACUGCUAAUGAUAAUUAUGUUAUAGCACUUUCUUUGUUGUAGCUCGUAUUAUAUUUAUUGGUCUAUUUACUUAACCCUUGGUGAAAUAGUAAGGUCUUUAAGAAAGAUGAUUUCUCAUAUUGCACAAAGUGGUUGGCAGGCACUCAGAUAUAUUGAAAUGGUAUUGAGAUAACUGGCUAGCAAUUUGGGGAAAGUGUCAGACUUCCCCCAUAUAUUAUAAACUCCAGAUGGCUUAAGUAUUUUUUUUUUCAAAAAUUUUUUAAAGAUUUUAUUUAUUUAUUUGACAGAGAGAGACACAGCGAGAGAGGGAACACAAGAAGGGGGGAGUGGGAGAGGGAGAAGCAGGCUUCCUGCGGAGCAAGGAGCCCUAUGUGGAGCUCGAUCCCAGGACCCUGGGAUCAUGACCUGAGCCGAAGGCAGCCACUUAACCAACUGAGCCACCCAGGCGCCCCUGGCUUAAGUAUUUAAACAUAAAACUCAAGAAGACAGAAACUUGUCAUUUUUAUGGUGUCUGACUAGCAACUGCCCUUUGAAGCUUCAUAAAAUUCACUAAAAUACCAAUGGCAUUAAGGUGAAGACUCAUAACCACACUGAAAAUAGACAACCAACCAAUCAAAUGCCAGAAUAUGAGAGGAAGUGACACUAGUUAUAAGGGCAAGUUGAACUGAGAUUUCAUUUUAGGAAGCAAAGAUGGCUUAAAAACCAAGGACCUUCACCAACCAGAAAAUAAGCAACCAUCCCUUUAUCCCGAGUUACUCUGAAGGUGUCCACAUCUGCUCCCAGCCUUUCUUUCCCUGUUAACAAAAGGCCGACCCUCCCCCAUCUCAGCUGUAAACUGGCCCCUCCACCCUUCUCAAGAAUGCAAUUCUACCAAUUCCUUUGUUUAUACAUUCAAUUUCUUCUUUAAAUUGAAAACUUCCAUUGAGAAAAAAGGUCAAGUCUUUCCCAUUUAAAAAGAACUCCAUUCCUUAUUCUCUUCCCCUAUCAAACCUCAAGAGUUGUCCAUAAUCUGUCAUUUCUUCACUUCCCUACUCACUCUUUAACCCAUAUCAUUCUGUCUUUCUGCACUUUACACCACCAAGAGUCUGUGUUAAGAAUACCAUCAAGCUCAGGGCGCAGGGGUGGCUCAGUCGGUUAAGUGUCUGCCUUCUGCUCAGGUCAUGAUCCCAGGGUCCUGGGAUCAAGCCCCAUGUCAGGCUCCCUGCUCAUGGGGGAGUCUGCUUCUCCCUUUCCCUCUGCCUGCUUGUGCUCUCUCUCAAAGAAUACUAUCAAAUUCCAACUCACUAAAUCCAGAGAACAAUUUUUAGUUUUCAUCUUGACCUGUCAGCCAAGCUUAACACUGUUGACUGCUUCCCACACUUGAAACACUCUUGCCUCGACUUCUGUGACAAAACACUCUAUUAUGAAAAAAUAAUCUCCAGGAAUUAUCUUCUACCAUCUUUGUACAAUAUUCCCCCCACAAUCUUUUUUUUUUUUUUUUUAACCUAGUGUAUUAUUUUGCUAGAGCUGCCAUAACAAAACCACAGUCUUGGUGGCUAUUGAACAAUGGGAAUUAAUUUUCUCUUAGUUCUUGUGGCUUUGAAGUACAAAAAUCAAGGUGUCAGCAGAUUUAGUUUCUCCUGAGGCCUCUCUCCUUGGAUUGCAGACGGCUGCCUCCUUGUUAUGUCCUCACAUGGUUUUACUUCUGUGUACACUCCCUCCUGUUGUUUCUCUGUAUGUCCAAAUUUCUUAUGAGACAGCAGUCAGAUUGGAUUAGGCCCCACUCUACAGUUCUUGUUUUAACUUAAUUGCCUCUUUAAAGGCACUGUCUGCAAAUACAGUCACAAUCUGAGGUACUAGGGCUUCAAAUACAAAUUUUGGAGGACAAUUCAACCAGUAACACCUAGCCAUUAAAUGUUGGAGUUCCUGAAGGUUCAUUUCUGGGUCCCUUUGUCCUUCCAUUCUGAACUCAAGGUUAUUUCAUCCAUUUAUAAAUGUGUGAGUCAUCUCAUAGCUAGCUCAGCU